ACAGCAUAAAUGGUUUUUUUUGAACUAAUUUUGAAAUCUUUUUUCUUUUUAAUUGCAUAUUAGAAUUAAAAAACUUAGGCAAAAACAUUAAAUUUUGUAAAUUAGAAACAAAAAGUCAUUUUUACUCCCAAAGUAAGCACAUGACCAAAAUGAAGCGGAAGCCUAAAACGCCCUAGGUCUCCAUUGCCAAACGAUCACUGAUUCCCAGCUGUCGGCUUACGGUAAAAUAUUAUUUAUUUCGUCAGCGGAGAAGUGUGGUGUUGCGGUGCUGUGGAGGUGAUUAUUUGAAAUUAGACGGGACAAAAGGGUGCCAGAAAUAUCAUACAAAGCACACCUCAUCUGUUAGACAUAGUGGUAGUACUCUGUCAUAGUCUCUCAACCAGCGAGACACCACUGCCACCGCCAUGGCACAGCCGGUGCCGGAGCAGAUCAGCUUCCCGGCUGAGGAGGAGAAGAUGCUCGCCCUCUGGAAGGAGAUAGACGCCUUCCAGACGUGCCUGCGCCAGUCGCGCGGCCGGCCGCGCUUCUCGUUCUACGACGGGCCGCCGUUCGCCACCGGCCUGCCGCACUACGGACACAUCCUGGCUGGCACCAUCAAGGACAUUGUGACCCGAUACGCCCACCAGAGCGGCUUCCACGUGGAGCGCCGCUUCGGCUGGGACUGCCACGGCCUGCCGGUGGAGUAUGAAAUCGACAAGACGCUGGACAUCCGUGGUCCGGACGACGUGGCCAAAAUGGGCAUUGACAAGUACAACGCCGAGUGCCGAAAGAUCGUCUCCCGGUAUGCGCACGAAUGGGAGGCCUGCGUCGGACGCAUGGGACGCUGGAUCGAUUUCCGUAACGACUACAAGACUCUCUAUCCGUGGUACAUGGAGAGCAUCUGGUGGGUAUUCAAGCAGCUCUUCACCAAGGGCCUGGUUUACCGCGGCUUCAAGGUGAUGCCGUAUUCCACCGGCUGCAACACGCCGCUCUCCAACUUCGAGUCCGGCCAGAACUACAAGGACGUGGUCGACCCGGCAGUGACGGUGAGUUUUCCGCUGGAGGACGAGCCGGAUGUCAGUAUGCUCGCCUGGACGACCACGCCGUGGACGCUGCCCAGUAACCUGGCGCUCUGCGUACACCCAGAGCUCGACUACGUCCAGAUCCAGGAGAAGCAGUCUGGGAAAAAGUACAUCAUGAUGGAGGCCCGCCUGUCGUCCAUGUACAAAUCAGAGGACGACUACACCGUGAUGAAAAAGAUGAAGGGCUCCAAGCUGAAGGGCAGGCCAUACAAGCCACUCUUCAACUACUUCGAGAAGAUGAAGGCGUCGGGCGCGUUCCACGUGCAGACGGACACCUACGUCACGGAGGAGUCCGGCACGGGCGUGGUCCACCAGGCGCCCUACUUUGGCGAGGACGAUUACCGGGUGUGUCUGGCGGCCGGCAUCAUCACCAAGGACAUGGAGAUGGUGUGCCCGGUGGACGCCAGCGGCAGGUUCACCGAGCCCGUCACACACUUCAAGGGACAGUACGUCAAGGACGCCGACAAGAACAUCGUGAAGCACCUGAAGGAGGCGGGCCGGCUGGUGGUGUCCGCCACGUGCAAACACAGCUACCCGUUCUGCUGGCGCUCCGACACACCGCUCAUCUACAAGGCGGUACCUUCGUGGUUCGUGCGCGUGGAGCACAUGACCCAGGAGCUGCUGAAGAACAACAGCCAGACCUACUGGGUGCCCGACUUCAUCAAGGAGAAACGGUUCGGUAACUGGCUGCGUGACGCGCGCGACUGGGCCAUCUCCCGUAACCGGUACUGGGGCACGCCGAUCCCGCUCUGGGUCUCUGAAGACAUGGAGGAGGUGGUCUGCGUGGGCAGCAUCGAGGAGCUGCAGAGGCUCACCGGUGUCACCGUCGACGACCUGCACAGGGAGAUCGUGGACAAGCUGACGAUUCCGUCGCGCCGGCCGGGCCAGCCGCCGCUGCGGCGCGUCACCGAGGUGUUCGACUGCUGGUUCGAGUCGGGCUCGAUGCCGUACGCGCAGGCGCACUAUCCGUUCGAGAACCGGCGCCAGUUCGAGGACUCGUUCCCCGCCGACUUUGUGGCAGAGGGCAUCGACCAGACCCGCGGAUGGUUCUACACUCUGCUGGUGCUUUCGACGGCGCUGUUCGACAAGCCGCCGUUCAAGAACCUGAUCGCCAACGGCAUGGUUCUGGCCGCCGACGGACAGAAGAUGUCCAAACGGAAGAAAAACUACCCCGACCCGAUGCUGAUCGUGGAGCGGUACGGCGCUGACGCGCUCCGUCUGUACCUCAUCAACUCGCCAGUGGUGCGCGGCGAGAGCCUGCGCUUCAAGGAGGAGGGCGUGCGGGACGUGCUCAAGGACGUCUUCCUGCCCUGGUACAACGCCUACCGCUUCCUCGUGCAGAACGUGCACGGCUUCGAGAAGGACACGGGUGAGAAGUUUAUGUACGACGAGGGUAAGGUGGUGCCGUCGACCAACCUGAUGGACCGCUGGAUCGUCUCCUUCACACAGUCGCUGCUGCUCUUCGUCAAACAGGAGAUGGCGGCGUACCGCCUGUACACUGUGGUGCCCCGGCUGGUCAAGUUUGUCGAUAACCUGACCAACUGGUACGUCAGGAUGAACCGCAAACGGCUGAAGGGCGAGGGCGGCGCGGACGACUGCCGGGACGCGCUCAACACGCUCUUCUCGGUGCUCUUCUCCAUGUGCCGGGUGAUGGCGCCCUUCACCCCCUUCCUCACCGAGACCAUGUACCAGAACCUGCGGCACCUGAGCAGCAGCGCCGAGGUGGCCUCCGUGCACUACCUCUCGCUGCCCGAGGCACGCCAGGAGCUCAUCGACGCCGUCAUCGAGCGCUCCGUCAGCCGCAUGCAGGCCAUCAUCGAGCUGGGACGCAUCAUCCGAGACCGCAAGACGAUGCCGGUCAAGUACCCGCUGCCCGAGGUGGUGGUGAUCCACGCGGACGCGGCGGUGCUGGGUGAGCUGGAGCCGCUCGUUGGCUAUGUGAUGGACGAGCUGAACGUGCGCAAGGUGACGCGCUCGGGCGACAAGGACCGCUACGGCGUGCAGCUGCGCGCCGAGCCCAACCACCGCACGCUGGGCGCCCGGCUCAAGGGAGACUUCAAGGCCGUCAUGGCCGACGUGAAGGCGCUGGACGACGCUGCUCUGCAGAAGUUCCUGGACAGCGGCUCGCUGACGCUGCGGGGUCACCAGCUGACCCCGGAGGACGUGCACGUGCGGUACAGCGCCGACGGGCCGGCCGCCGCCGCCAGCCACUACGAGGCGCACUCCGACAACGACAUCCUGGUGCUGCUGGACACGACGCCGGACCAGUCGAUGCUGGACGAGGGCAUCGCCCGUGAGAUCAUCAACCGGGUGCAGAAGCUGCGGAAGAAGGCCUCCCUGGUGCCGACCGACGCCAUCACGGCCUACUACGGCGUGUCGCCGGCCGAGGGCGAGCUGGCGCGCGUGGCCGCCUCCCACCAGACGUUCAUCGAGGGCACUCUGAAGGCGCCGUUCCGACCCGCCGUCAGCCGCACGGGCGCCGGACCGGCCAUCAUCGAGGAGACUACUGACGUGAAGGGCGCCAAGCUGGCGGUGUCACUGGUGGCCGGUUUUUGCGCCGACUGGACGGUACAGUCAGAGGCGGGCGAAGCGGGAUCGGCCGGCGACGGAGCGCAGCCGUUCUGCAGUUACGUGAACCUGGAGCUGAUGGACACUGAACCGAUCAACGGCGCCCGCUCACCGCUGGCCACUGUACUGCUGGAGAACCCGGCCGGCGAGAACCGGCUGUCGGUGGAACAGCUGGUGACGGAGGCCCAGGUGGUGUUUGGCCAGCAGCGGAGGAAGGUGUUCAUCUACGACGGCCCGGAGGCCGCGCGGGAGGUCACCUCUCUGGACGGCCUGUCCGGACGCACCCUGUACGUGUACACCCGGCCCGACAAGACGGAGAGGAGGCCCGCCUCGUGUCCACGACAGGCGCAGCCCCAGGCCAGGUUCGUGAACGUGCAGAACGGCUCUCGGCGGGCCACGCUGCUGGUGGAGAACCCCCGCGGCAGCUUUGUGCUGGACGGGGCCGGUGUGGGCCGUCGGGCGGGCGCGCUGCUCGGUCUCAGCACCCCGGCCACCCUCAGCCGGUCCGAGGGAGGUGCGCCGCUGCCCGCCAACGCCGACGUCGCGGCAAUGAACGGCCAGACUCUGUUCGUCUGCAAACGUUAGCGCCGCGACCGGCAGCACUAGCGAAUGGGGCGCGAUGCGGUGUGUCGAACUGAACCAGUCUUCAUUGGGGAGAGGGGUCGUCAAUGGGGUGGGGCUGUUCAUUGGCGAGAGAAUCGAAAGAUGGGUUUGGCUGUUCGGUGAGCAGUCUGUCUUUUGUUUUACGAGCCCGCGGCUGGGUGUAUUAGAAGUUCGUUGUGUGAUUCGACUUUGGACUCUGUCUGGGAGGAACAAGACCAAAGCGUGGACGCUCCCUCGUACUUGAAACGGAACUGAACGAUGCCGUUGUGCGCGUAGCGGGGCCCGGGUGAAAUCUGAUGUGGGACGAAAAGCCAGCCUUUGCAAGAGAGAUAUUUAUUCUGACUACGGUGUCGUAUUUGGGACGGGGACGCGCAGGAGGGCCGUCCAGGGGGUGGGCGGUUCGCGUUUGUCGGUUUGACCCGUGUGUUUCGUGUCUGUUCGACUGUGGAUGGAUCAGCGGGAGUGGUGGAACUGCUCCGGCGGUGUCGGUGGUGAUCCUCGACCUCUGGCGAAACUGUGGUUGUGCUUUUUAACGCCCCGUCCCAUCUGAACGAUACGCGAUGGCUUACAGCUCAAGGCAUUCUUACGUGAAUAUUGAUCUAGGUUCGGUUAUGGCCCCGCGUGACGAAGUUAUUUGUUGUUUCUAAUAUAGCUCCCCAGAGUGAA